ACCAGUUGUUAAUCACACAUCCCCCUCUAAGUAGCACAAAUUAGGACUGGUUUUACAUAGUGCUGUUAAAAUGAUUAAUAAGCUUCAAGCCGUUUUCAUCACUUCAAUAAUCGGUGCUUUGGCAGUUCACAAUGGUACUUGUGUGAAAAUCGUCGGAGGACAUGAUGCUAAACGUGGGACAGGAACUUACAUGGCAUCUAUCCAAAAUGCAAAUGGACACAUUUGUGGAGGAGUUUUAAUAGAUAAGCAAUGGGUCUUGACUACAGCAAACUGUGUAGCGAAUGGACUCACAGUGGUUAUUGGAACACGUUCCUUAAAGGAUGCAAAGAAAGAUAAUAAAUUUAGAUCCAUUGAGACAAUAAUACAUAAGAAAUACAACAAGAAGAAUGAAUGGAAUAAUUUGGCUCUCCUCAAGCUGGAUAAAGCUGUAAAAUUGAAUAGGUUUGCAAAGACCUUGUCAUUGCCAAGAUCACCCAGAGAUACCAAACCUGGAACAAAAUGCAAGGUCUUAGGAUGGGGUCAGACUGCUGAAAAUGAUGAGGAUCUCCCAGAUAUUUUGCAAGAAACAACUGUAAUCAUCAUAGACCGGAAAACCUGCAACAGUCGAAAGUAUUACAACGAGUCUCCAGUCAUAAACGAUGAUAUGCUGUGUGCUGCUGGUAAACCUGACAAUCAAGCUAAAAUGUGCAGAGGAGAUGCAGGUGGACCAUUAAUAUGUAAAAGCUCAUUUCUGAAAGUGGAGUCAUUAACUGGCAUUGCUAUCUUUGAAAAGGGAUGUGAACACAAGGACAAGCCCGGCAUUUAUACACGUUUAUCAAAGAUAUACACCAAGUGGAUAAAGGAAAAAAUCAAAUCCAAAACCAACAACACUUCAAUUGAGCAAAAAUUAUCAGAGACUACAGACUACUAGGUUGGGGAAGUAACAAUCUGUACAUUCAAGAAAUUAUGAUUAACCUAAAUGAAGCAAGGUUAAAAUCUUAAAUUUGCAUAAGGUAUUGAUGUAUAAGUUCAGGCACCCAGUACCAGUGUUCAGGCUCAAUUCGACCAAUCAUCUUUCAGUGAUGCAUGGGAAAGUGAAUUAGCAUCAAAUCUGAUCAAAGAGUAUACCAAAGUUAUGACAAAUGUAAAUAGGAUAGGUGGUUAGGGCCUUUUUCUAAGGACAGUGAGGUCUCAAACUAAAAGGCAAAUGAGAAGGAGAAAUUUAAAAGAGAUCUCAAAGGUGAGGUUUCUUUUCACACAGAGGGUGGUGAACAUUUAGAACAAGUUGUCAGAGGAGAUGGUAUGUAAUAGCAGAUGCAAUUGCAACGUACAUUAGGACUUUGGACAGGCACUUGGAAAGGAAAGGGACAGAGGGAUACAGGUCUAAUUGGAUGAGGUUGGUUAAAAAGACCCAUUUGUAUGUCAUACAAUUCCAUGAUUACUAGACAAAUAUACAGAAUAUUGGGGAAUUAGGGGAAUAAUGUGGUUAGCAGUGCAAGAAAGAGCUGUUGAGGUCGAUCAGUCACAAUUUUAUUGAAAAACAGAUAAAGCAGGAGGGCCAAAUUGCCUAUUCCUGUUUCUAUUUUAUUUUACUUUCACACAGAACCCUCCAUUAAUGGGGAAAAUGUCAGUGGUUCAGAGCCUGAAAACUGAUUGGCAAAUGUCUAAAUUUAUAAGCCUAUGCUUUGUACAAAUUAAGAUGCUCACCACGCGUCACAUAACAUGAUAUUGUUUUUAAUAUAAUUCUGCAUUUGAUACAUGUCAAGGCUACUCAUAAUCUUUGCAACACAGCUUGUACAGAAAGACAAAUCUUGCUAAAUGAUCUAUUGUUAUUGCCUUCACAACUUUAAACUGCAACUGAAUUUACCAGAAAUAAAGAGCAAUGAAAUUCAUUGA